GGGAUGCUCGGAGGCACCGCCGGGUUUGAUGUUCGGCUCAGCCUUUCCCAGCGGCUCGCAGGAGGCGUUUUAGGAAAAACGAGCACGUCGGAUUGCGCUCCCGGCGACGGGAACAGGAUGAAAUAUUCCAACAUCCGCAGGUGAGGAAGCAGCGGGAGAUGCGGAUUGACCCAUAACUCCAAACCUGAGGCAGCAAAAGCGGUGGCAAAACCGCGGAGAGAAACCUUCCGGGCCCCCAACCCGCCGCCCAUCAGCGGUCUUGAAAAAUGGCACCAGCUGCUCCCAGAGAAGCAGGAGUAUGGAGACAAACCCGAGCUCUCCUGUUCAAGAACUGUCUUAUUAAGGGAAGGACUAAGAAAAGCAGUGUCCAGGAGGUCCUUUUCCCCCUGUUUUUCCUGUUUUGGCUCAUCCUGAUGAGCAUGAUGCACCCACACAGGAAGUACGACGAGGUGCCCAACGCCAACCUGGACACCCUGGAAACCUCCCAGCUGCUGAACUUCGUCAUUGGGUACACGCCACCCACCCGGAUGGCACGAGAAAUCAUGAAGAAAGUGGCCUCUGAUAACUUUGAGGAUGGCAUCAUCACUGAGGAGUACUUAAGUGAGGAGGAGCUGCAAGAGGCCAGUGCUGUCAAACCCUCCAACUUCGUGGGGGUCGUGUUCAAGGAUUCCAUGUCCUACCAGCUGAGGUUCCACGACUCCAUUGCCAUGUCCUCCAUUUAUACGGAAUCCAGAGCCAGCUGCUCCAACCUGGGGAAGGGCUGUGAGUCAGUGACCUACUGGAGCUCGGGAUUCACGGCGCUCCAGGCCUGUAUUGAUGCUGCCAUUAUACAGCUGAAGACGAAUCAGUCGGUUUGGGAACAGCUUGAACUGACGAGAGCAGUGGUUAUGGGAGAGGCUGCUGUGGUGGAAAUAGAUAAUUUCCCCCGUGCAAUCAUUUUAAUUUACCUGGUGAUCGCCUUCUCCCCGUUUGGGUAUUAUUUGGCAAUUCAUAUUGUGGCAGAAAAGGAGAGGAAGUUGAAGGAAUUCCUGAAGAUAUUGGGACUCCAUGACACUGCCUUCUGGCUUUCCUGGGUGCUGCUCUACGUGAGCCUGAUUUUUGUCAUGUCCAUUCUCAUGGCAGUGAUCGCCACAGCCUCCUCCCUCUUUCCCCAGAGCAGUGCCUUUGUGAUAUUUCUCCUUUUUUUCCUGUAUGGAGUCUCCUCAGUUUUCUUCGCCCUCAUGUUGACACCUCUAUUUAAAAAGUCAAAGCACGUGGGCAUAGUGGAGUUCUUGGCCACGCUGGCUUUUGGCUUUGUGGGCCUUAACAUCGUCCUGCUGGAGGAUUUCCCCAAAUCUUUCGUGUGGUUUCUCAGCCCUUUGUGUCAGUGCAGCUUCUUGAUCGGUGUCGCGCAGGUCAUGCAUCUGGAAGAUUAUGAAGAUGGGGCAACAUUUGCAAAUAUAAAUGAUGGUCCUUACCCGCUCUGUAUCUCUCUUAUUUUGUUGGUGCUGGACAGCAUCUUUUACCUGCUUGUAGCUGUGUACCUUGACCAGGUUAUCCCAGGGGAGUUCGGGCUGCGCCGCACCCCGCUGUUCUUCAUGAAACCCUCGUUUUGGUCCAAGCACAGGAAGAAUUACAAGGAGUUGUACGAGAGCAGCGUCAACGGCAGCUUGAGCUUCAGCGAGAUCGUGGAGCCCGUGCCUUCGGAAUUCCAGGGGAAAGAAGCCAUCAGAAUCAGCUGUGUUCAGAAAACAUUCAGGAAAAAGGGGGAAACUGUGGAGGCUCUCAGAAAUUUGUCCUUUGACAUCUACGAGGGUCAGAUCACGGCUCUGCUGGGGCACAGCGGCACCGGGAAGACGACGCUGAUGAACAUCCUCUGUGGGCUGUGCCCACCCACGGAUGGGUUUGUCUCUGUCUAUGGGCACAAAGUCUCCGAGAUCGAUGAGAUGCUGGAAGUGCGGCAGAUAACGGGGGUGUGCCCUCAGUCUGACAUACACUUUGAUAUUUUAACUGUGGAGGAGAACCUCUCCCUCUUUGCUGCCAUUAAGGGAAUCCCUCAGAAUGAUUUGAUACAAGAAGUGCAGAAGGUGUUGCUGGAUUUGGAGAUGCAGCCCAUCAGGGACAAUCAAGCUAAAAAACUAAGUGGGGGGCAGAAGAGGAGGCUGUCAGUGGGAGUUGCUGUUCUUGGGAACCCCAAGGUUUUGCUGCUGGACGAGCCCACGGCCGGGAUGGAUCCGUGUUCACGGCACAUCGUCUGGAACCUCCUGAAAAACAGGAAAGCCAAUUGUGUGACUGUGUUCAGCACCCACUUCAUGGACGAGGCAGAUAUCCUGGCUGAUCGUAAAGCUGUGAUUUCUCAAGGGAUGUUGAAGUGCCUCGGAUCUUCUCUCUUUCUCAAAAGCAAGUGGGGAAUUGGCUACCGCUUGAGCAUGCACAUCGACGCCUAUUGCAACACGGAAGCUACGACCUCUCUGAUCAGGCAGCACAUCCCUGCAGCCACCCUGAGCCAGGAGAACGAUGAGCAGCUCGUGUACACCCUCCCCCUCAAGGACGUGGACAAAUUUGCAGGCUUGUUUUCUGACCUGGACACCCACUCCCACCUGGGUGUUAUCACCUAUGGCGUGUCCAUGACCACGCUGGAGGACGUCUACCUGAAGCUGGAAGUUGAGGCAGAGAUUGACCAAGCAGAUUACAGCGUGUUCCAUUCCCAGCAAGUGCAGGAGGAGAUGGAUAACAAAUCCUUGGAUGACAUGGAGCAGAGCCUGCUGAUGCUGUCGGAGACAAAGGCUCCAGCCAUGAGCAACACAGCCCUGUGGAAGAAGCAGGUUUCCACCAUAGCCAAAGUGCAUUUCCUUACCCUGAAGAGGGAAAAUAAAUGUGUGAGAGUUAUGUUGUUGCUUUUUCUGAUAUUUCUUGUCGUUCAGAUUUUAUUGUUUUUCAUACACCACAUCAUCAAAAAUUCUGUAGCUGCUAUCAAACUUUCCCCAGAUUUGUACUUGCUGAAGCCUGGAGAGAACUAUCACAAGUACAGGAGUCGGCUCCUGCUGCAGAACUCCACAGAAUCGGAUAUCAGUGACAUUGUCCACUCCCUUAGGAGCAUGAACAUACUCCUGGAGAUGUUCAAUGACAGUGAUUAUGUCUCAGCUGCACCUCACAGUGCAGCUUUAAACGUGUUUGCCCUUCAAUCCAGACAGAAUUAUGUUUUCACCGUCAUAUUCAACAGCACCAUGGUGCAUUCCCUGCCAGUUCUGAUGAAUAUUGUCAGCAAUCUCCUGCUGCGCAGCUUAAAUGUGACUGAGAGCAUCCAAAUCUGGAGCAACCCCUUCAUUCAGAAUCUUCCAGACACGAUUUUCAGGCUGGAGAUCUAUUUCGAAGCUGUGUUGCUGGGGAUCAUCAUCACUGGAAUGCCGCCCUAUUUUGCCAUGGACAACGCGGAAAACCACAAGAUCAAGGCCUACACACAGCUGAAGAUUGCAGGGCUCUAUCCCUCUGCUUACUGGACUGGCCAGGCCGUCGUCGACCUCCCGCUGUUCUUCUCCAUCCUCGUCCUGAUGAUCGGGAGCCUCUUCGCCUUCCACUACGGAGUUUAUUUCUAUGUGGGCAAGUUCCUGGCUGUGAUUUUUUGCCUGAUUGGUUACGUCCCCUCAGUUGUGCUCUUCACUUACGUGGUCUCCUUCACCUUUAGAAAAGUCCAGAACACAAAAGAAUUUUGGUCAUUUAUAUUUUCAGUGACAGCCUUGCUCUGCACAGUUGUCACUGAAGUGGCCUUUUUUCUGGACUAUUACGUGGUAACCACCAUCCUGCAUUACGUCUUCUCCAUCUUCAUUCCUAUUUAUCCCCUUAUUGGCUGUCUGAUUUGUUUUAUAAAGGUCUCCUGGAAAGGCAAACGGAAGAGUGGGGGAUACUACGACCCGUGGGACCGGCUGCUGGUGGCAGUUCUGGCUCCCUAUUUGCAGUGUGUUGUGUGGCUCUUCCUGCUGAGGUGCUUCGAGCUGAAGAAUGGAGGGAGGACGGUCAGAGAGGAUCCCUUUUUCAGAAAAUGCUUUACAAAAGCCAGAACCUGGAAGUUCCCAGAUGUGCCACAUGAGGAGAAUGAGGAUGAAGAUGUGAGGGCAGAGAGGCUGCGAGUCAAAGAGAUCCUGAGCAGCCCCAAAAGUGAGGAGAUGCCAGCAAUCCUGGUCAGCAGCUUGCACAAGGAGUUUGAUGAAAGGAAGGAAUUUCUUCUGGGGAGAAAAAUAAAGAAAGUGGCAACAAAACAUGUUUCUCUCUGCGUAAAAAAAGGAGAAAUACUGGGUUUGUUGGGACCCAACGGAGCUGGGAAAAGCACAUUAAUUAAUAUGCUCGUCGGAGAGAUUGAACCCACCAGUGGGCAAGUUCUGAUGGGAGAUUAUUCUUUGGGGCUGAGCAGUGAAGACUCCGUGAAAUUCGUGGGGUACUGUCCUCAGACAAACCCGCUCUGGCCAGAUAUUACACUGCAGGAGCACUUUGAAAUUUAUGGUGCUAUCAAAGGAAUGAGUCAGUCUGAUGUUAAGGAAGUCGUCAAACGCAUCGUGAGCGCCCUGGAUUUGAAGGAUCACCUGCAGAAGACGACGAAGAAGUUGGGUGUGGGGCUGAAACGCAAGCUGUGCUUUGCCCUCAGUAUGCUGGGAAACCCCCGGGUCACGCUGCUGGAUGAACCAUCCACCGGGAUGGAUCCCAAAGCCAAGCAGCACAUGUGGAGGGCAAUUCGAGCAGCCUUCAAAAACAAGGAGAGAGCAGCAAUCCUGACCACCCACUACAUGGAGGAGGCAGAUGCUGUGUGUGACCGUGUGGCCAUCCUGGUGUCUGGGCAGCUCAGAUGUAUAGGUACUGUCCAACACCUGAAGAGUAAGUUUGGCAGAGGAUACUUCUUGGAGAUGAAACUAAAAGAAACAGCAGAUGUGCAGCAGGUGGAGUAUCUGCAGAGCCAGAUUUUGCACAUCUUCCCCAACGCCAACCGCCAGGAAAGUUUUGCUUCUAUUUUGGCCUAUAAAAUUCCUAAAGAAGAUGUACAGUCACUUUCACAUUCUUUUUCCAAGCUGGAAGAAGUAAAACACACCUUUAACAUCGAGGACUACAGCUUCUCUCAGGCAACACUGGAACAGGUGUUUGUGGAGCUUGCUAAAGAGCAGGAGGAGGAGGACAGCAGCUUUGGCACCCUGAACAGCACGUUGUGGUGGGAGAGGACGCAGGAGGACCGAGUCAUCUUCUGAGCUCCUCAUGUCCAGAUCUGCUCAGAAGCUGCUGUUGGUGCCAGCAGUGAUCCUCCACACACACGCUGGGGCACGUGCCUGGGAAACAUCGGAGCUGGGAAGGACAAGGAGAACUGUGUUUGGAAGCCCUGAGCGUGUCCCACCAUCCUGGCCUUAGGAAUAAUGCCACAGUCGCGGUGUGAGCGUCCCCAGCUGACCUGGAAUUCCUCCUCCCCUCGCUGUUCCCUGGUCUCUGUUGGCCAAGAGGACACUGGUCAUCUCCUGGUGUUGGUGGCUGGUGCAGGAGCUCCCACCUGCCUUCCCUCAGCCCUCCCAUGCCUGGUGGGUGCCAGAGGUUGGGCUGUCUUAAAGGAGACCCUGCACCUGAGCAAAGCCAGGUGCCACUGGAGCAUCCUUCCCUGUGGGGCUGGUUCACAGGGUCCUGCUGUGCCCUGUGCCCUCAGCUGGGCACUGCUGCCUGUCCCACGAGGUGCCCUGCAGACACAGCCCUGCAAGGUCCUGCCCCUCCACCAGCUCAUCCUUCCCUGCUUAUGCUUUGAAGAUGCACCUGCUGAGGACAGAGGGGGGGAAAACCACUCCAGAGUAGCUGCAUCACUGCAGAGAGGGUCCUGAAUUCCCAAAAAACACACUCCAGAGUAGCUGCAUCACUGCAGGGUGAGAGAGGGUCCUGAAUUCC